AUGGCAAAGGUCAAUCCCGUGGAGGUUAGUCACGAGGCAGCCAGGCAGAAUACCAACACAAUGCAUCUGGCAUUGAGGCCAUUUAUGAUGAUCUCGCAGUUGCUCGCCACUUUGCCAGUAACAGGUACUUGGCAAAAAUCGAGUCUCGAACAUGUUCACUUCAGUUGGUGUACACUAAUUGCAUUUCUCUCUCUCAUCAUGAUCACUUUCUCCAUCAUCGAUGUGGUGCUAUCCACAAAGGUUGUGGUGGAGCUGGGCCUAAAGCUGUACACAGUUGGUCCUUUUAGUUUCAGCAUCAUUUCAGCGUUGAGUGUCAGCAGCUUUCUGCAACUUGCACGAAAAUGGCCAAAUCUAAUAAAACACAUGGAUCGUUGUGAGCAGAUAUUUCUACAGAAAUCGUAUGGAAAUAAAGAAUCACGCAACUUUAGUCACAAUGUGCGUAAAUUUGGCGGAAUUUUACUUUUCGGUGCAGCGUUGGAACAUUCAGUGUACAUUAUGACGGCGAUUUUUAAUAAUGAUUUUCAAAUUAAGCAAUGCAACUUAACGGUAGACUUUUGGAAAAAUUACUAUAUGCGCGAACGUUUGCAGAUAUUUUCGAUAUUCAACUACCACGCUUGGUUGAUACCGUUAGUACAGUGGAUUACAAUAUCGACAACUUUUGCCUGGAACUACGUAGAUAUAUUUCUGAGCAUGAUUUUCAAAUGCUUCGCUAUACGCUUUCGGCAAAUGCAUUGGCGAAUCAAACGACAUGUGAAUAAGCAUAUGGAGGAUGAUUUUUGGCAUGAGGUCCGUAACCAUUUUAUGGUUCUUGUCGAAUUGUUGCACCUUUUCGAUGAUGGCUUGUCAACUUUGAUACUGGUGUCUUGCUGCAAUAACUUAUAUUUUAUAUGUGUACAAAUAUUCCACAGUUUCAACAAUCGAGACACCUUUAUAAAAGAAUUCUAUUUUUGGUCCUCAUUACUUUUCGUGUUGCUACGCAUUUUGACAAUGAUGCUUUCAGCCUCUGCGGUGCAUGAUGAAGCGAAUAAAAUUAUGUCGACAAUGUAUGAGAUACCAACAAAAUUCUGGUGCUUGGAACUCAAACGUUUAAAUGAAAUCAUCGUUCAUGAUUUGGUGGCGUUUAGUGGUAAGAGUUUUUUCUUUCUGACCCGUCGUCUCAUAUUUGCGAUGGCUGGCACUAUAGUUGUGUACGAAUUGGUGCUAAUCGAUCAGGUGGAGGAUAAGGAUGUCGUUACAGAUUUUUGCACAUCACGCAAUCAUUGUCCCGCGCUUGACUAUCGGAAAACUGCUCUCAGCGAUAAUAGAAACGAAUGUAUAAUGGAUUUGAAAUCAUGGAGUGCAAAACCUAAAAUCGGCAAACGACAUAAACGGAUUAUUGGUGUGUUAAGAGUUCGAAAUAUAUUUCGGCGCGGCACGAAGCUUGAUUACCAGCAUUCAGGUAGCUUUCUGGAGGCCAUCGGUCCUGUGUUGUUGCUUGCGCAAAUAUUUGCUUUGAUGCCUGUUUGUGGUAUAUUAUCGAAAUCGGCAUCGGAGCUGUAUUUCUCUUGGAAAUGUGUGCGCACCCUUUAUGCCAUGAUCAUAAUUUUCUGCUUGGGUCCAGCCAGUUUAUGUACCAUUGCCUUUGCUUUUCGUGAAAGUUUCAAUUUCGACACAAUUGAGGCAAUAGUGUUUUAUGUGUCGAUAUUUUUAAUAGCAUUGGCAUUUUUUCAAUUGGCCCGCAAGUGGCCCGCUCUGAUGGUGACAUGGGAGAGUAUCGAGUCAAAGUUGCCGCCAUUGAAAACGGAAAUGCAGAAAGCUGCUUUGGCUCACCGCAUAAAAAUGAUUACGCUUGUGGCAACUGUGUGCUCCGUAGUGGAGCAUUUACUUAGCAUGUUGGGCAUUAUAUAUUACGUGAAUGGCUGCCCUGCCAUGCCAGGACAUCCGAUUCAGAGUUUUCUCUUCUCCAAUUGGGCGCAAUUUUUCUACUUCUUUGAAUACACCAACCUUGCGGGCAUCUUUGGCAAAGUGUUGAAUGUGAUAUCGACGUUUGCAUGGAAUUUUAAUGAUAUUUUUGUGAUGGCAGUGAGUGUGGCGCUCUCGGCACGUUUCCGCCAACUAAAUGAACAUAUGUUGCGCGCUGCCAAACAGCCAACUACCGAGAAAUUCUGGAUGGAUAAUCGUAUAAAUUACCGUAAUAUGUGCAAAUUGUGUGAAGCAACUGACGAUACCAUUUCCAUAAUAACAUUGCUUUGUUUUUCCAAUAAUUUGUUUUUCAUUUGUGGAAAAAUACUAAAAAGCUUACAGAAGAAACCAUCGUGGUCACAUUCAGUGUACUUCUGGUUUUCAUUGGGUUUCCUGUUGAUGCGCACCCUAAUGCUAUCAUUAUUCAGCGCAGAAAUAAAUGAUGAAUCGAAGCGGCCUUUGGUGGUGUUUCGCAGUGUCCCGAGCAAGUUCUGGUGUCCUGAGCUGAAACGUUUCUCAGAGGAAGUGACCACAGACGUGGUGGCAUUGUCUGGCAUGAAAUUCUUUCAUUUAACCCGUGGUCUGGUGCUGUCGGUGGCCGGCAGCAUUGUCACCUAUGAAUUAGUUUUACUCCAGUUUAACAAAGAGGAUAAAGUCAACGAUUGUUAUGAAGGUUGA